UUUACUUACACCACCAAACUCACUGCAAAACCUUGAGCUGAUGGAUCCUGAAACAGACCAGCAGGAGACAAUAUCACACCAUCAGACCUCCAAAUACCUUACUGAUAUCAAACAAGAAGGUGAGGGUGAUGAGGAAGAUGUGUUUGUGCUGGAGUUGCAGAGAGGAUCAUGUGGUUUGGGUCUGGCAUUGGUAGAUGGACAGGAAACACCAUUUAAAGUCAAUGGAAUAUACAUCAAAUCCGUAAUGCCGGAAUCUCCUGCUGCUUUGUCCCAGCGGCUGAGACCAGGGGAUCGUAUUCUAGCAGUGAAUGGACUCAGUCUGGUUGGGGUGGACUACCAAACUGGCAGGGAGCUCAUUCAGACAUCAGGAGACAGACCCCGAUUACUAGUUGCCAAAUCUGACAGAAAUACAAGAGAAGCAUAACAUUCCUCUCACAAAACAACUUUUCUACAUUUUUUACCAAAUGCUUUUAUGUGUAUAUGUCUUUUAUUUUAUUG